UGUGGACAAUUAACGACAGUAACUCGUAUUGGGAGCUUUCAUCCAGGCCCUCGGAACAGUUUCGCUUUUUACAUCAGGAGUGUUUAAUUGGUUAACCGUCCACUAACCCUCUCUCCCCUUCCAGAGUGGUUGGAAAGAGCUCAAAGAUGCCCUUCCAAUGAGAGAGAGGGUCUCGAAAUCCAACACAGUUUAGUGCGAGACAGCAGUUUGGGAAGUUUUCAACCAGGAGGGAGGAUGGCCAACAGACAAAAGAGAGUAAUUUUCUGCGGAGGGGCUUUAUUGAGCCUCGCCUCUGCUUUGACCGCACUUGUGGCACUUAGCACUCACUUCUGGGUCGAAGGCUCCCUGUUGUGUAAGACCGGAGUGCAACUGGUCAAUGCCUCGGGAGCAGAACUGCACAAAUUCGUCGGGGCCAUCAGAUACGGCAUUUUCCACGGACAGAGACUCCGAGAAUGUGGUCUGGGCGGAAGAAGCUUUCAAAUUACCUUUUUUCCAACCCUCUUGGAUGCCAUACCUGCAAGUAUUCACGUCAUGGUUCUACUGUUUUCUGCAGCAGUCAUUGUGUUUGCUCUGGUGGCAGCCGGAUUCUUCACGUUCAAUGCUUUUGGAAGACCUUACGAGACCCUCCACGGUCCUAUGGGCUUGUACCUUUGGAACGCCAUUGCUUGUUCAUGUGGUUUUAUGGUUAUGAUACUGUUUACCUCCGAAGUGAAAAUUCAUCAUCUGUCUGAGAAAAUUGCAAAUUACAAAGAGGAAAGCUUUGUCUUCGAGACGUAUACCGAAAUGUUUGGAUAUUCCUUCUGGCUUGUCUUUGCAUGUACAAUGAUACACUGCAGCAAUAUACUGCUCAUCAGGCUAAUAGGAAUCCAGUUUCCUUUCUCAAAGUCAAAAAGUACCAAUUCGAGUGAUGGAGGAGUUGACCUUAUGUACUAACCUCUCCUCCCACAACUUACAAGUCAAGUUUCAGCUCGCAUUCCCUGAAAAUCAGGACAGAACUCCCUAAAACCCAACGUUCAUGGAUUCAUGAUUCUAAGUGAGCAUCUUACACUGUGUUACCUCGGUGCUAUGUGUGAACUGGUCCUCUGGAUAUUGUGGCACGUUAAUACCUAAGACACACCACAGCACUGAAAUCAACAACAUGACGUCUUCAGCAGACCAUUGAAAGCAGGAUAACUUCGAGGAUAAAAGAGAACAUACACCCUGAAGCCUGGCCACUUAUUGAGCACCAUUGCCUCUGAAACUGCAAUAAUUAUC